CCUCCGGUGUCGGGGUAGUGGCAAUCAUGGCGCCACCCGUGAGGUACUGCAUCCCCGGCGAACGUCUGUGUAACUUGGAGGAGGGCAGUCCGGGCAGCGGCACUUACACCCGGCACGGCUACAUCUUUUCGUCGCUUGCUGGCUGCCUGACGAAGAGCAGCGAGAACGGCGCGCUUCCUGUCGUGUCUGUGAUGAGAGAAACAGAGUCCCAGUUACUGCCCGAUGUGGGGGCUAUUGUAACCUGUAAGGUCUCUAGCAUCAAUUCGCGCUUUGCCAAAGUACACAUCCUAUAUGUGGGGUCCACACCACUUAAGAACUCUUUUCGAGGAACUAUCCGCAAAGAAGAUGUCCGAGCUACUGAAAAAGACAAGGUUGAGAUUUAUAAGAGUUUCCGCCCAGGUGACAUUGUCUUGGCCAAAGUGAUCUCCCUAGGUGACGCACAGUCCAACUACCUCCUGACCACUGCCGAAAAUGAGCUGGGGGUGGUGGUGGCCCACAGUGAAUCAGGUGUCCAGAUGGUUCCCAUCAGCUGGUGUGAGAUGCAGUGCCCUAAGACUCACACGAAAGAAUUCCGGAAAGUGGCCCGAGUACAGCCCGAAUUCCUGCAGACCUAAGAAGCCACAUUUUACCCCAGGGAGGGGGGUAAGCUGUUUCCAAGAGUAUAUGUAUGAAGGUAACGUCAAGAUGCUAUUAUCUUUAUUCAGACACCUGGAGUCGACCAACAACCACCUCUGGAAAAAUCUGCCAGAAACUUACUCUGUAGGGGGAACAUUUUUCUUGUGAACCUUGCAGUGGAUUUCAUUCUCUUGAGCGAUAAAUUUCUCUUUUGGAGGCACCAGCUAACGAAGUGUAUAAUGUUGGAAAUAGCCUAUUCCUUCUGACAGUCUUAUAAAUACAUAAUUUUUGCUGUUGACAAAAUAUUUUUACUAAAAGGA